CAUUGUCGGCGCUGACGGCCGCGCGAGGUUUUGGUGGCCAAGCAAGUCCAGCCACAAAAAACUCCGACUAGCAUCCAUCCAGGAAUAAGCAAAAACCAUGAUUGACAACCGGACUCGGUAUACAGAGCAAGGGCCAUGAUCGGCCCUGCUUGCUGGCGUGGCAACUCUGGUCUCGGCAUCAGCGGGCGCGGCGGUCACGGUAGGCAGUGUUUCGCGAACAUGCUUGCUUGCCCUGGGGACGUUUUUCGCGACAUGUUCGCUGCUCCAGGCCGAUGCUACCUCUUUUCCCCACACCAGAGAUGCAUUGCAGAUAUUACCCUGAGAGAGAGAGAGAGAGAGAGAGGCCCGGCUGCUUGACUUGAAAAUGGAUAAAUGGCGACUUUCCCCGCGCCCCUUUUUCAAGUAAAGAGGCACACCAGCAUCAGAGCAUCUGUCCAUCUCCCAAACCCAACCUCCUCAUCACCUUGACCAUGCCCUCCCUCCGCACCACCGCCGCCCUCGCGGCCCUGUGCCUGGCCCUCUCCGCCUCGGCGACCCCCAUCGCCGCCGCCCCCAGACCCGCAACCAAAAACCUCGGCCGCUGGCAGCUGCUCUCCCCCAUCGCGCUCCAGCCCCGCCAGGAGCACACGGUCGUCGCCCUCAACGCCACCACCCUCGCCCUCGUCGGCGGCAUCGUCCCGGCCCCCGGCGGCGGCGGCGGCAACUCGCCGUCAGACUGGGUCACGACCGACAUGUUCCAGCUCUACAACGUCAAGACCGCCACCUGGAGCCCGGGCCCGGCGCUGCCCUACGCCGUCAACCACGCCAACACCGUCGUGAUCGGCGACUCGCUCUACCUCCUGGGCGGGCUGGUCCCGAACGCCGAAGGCAACUGGGUCGCCACGGGCGCGACCCACGUGCUGCGCGGCAUCUCGUCCCUGGCCGCCUCCUCCUCCGGCGGGGGCCCGCAGUGGCAGGCCCUGGCCCCGAUCCCCGAGGGCGCCGCGCGCGGCAGCGCCGCCGUCGCGGCCCACGACGGCCGCGUGUACCUGGCGGGCGGCAUGCGGCAGCUGAUACCGCAGGACACGGUGGGCACCGUCGUCACCUACGACGUGGCCGCCGACGCCUGGAUCGCGGCGGCGGCGCCCUCCAUGCCCGAGGGGCGCGACCACGCCGGGUCCGCCGUCGUCGGCGGCACGCUGUACGUGCUCGGCGGCCGGUUCCAGGGGCAGGACAACGUGCGCGACACCGUCUUCACGCUGGACCUGUCCGACGUGGCUGCGGGCUGGGCCAUGAGGCCCGGCAGGAUGCCGACGGCGCGGGGCGGCGUCGCCGCCGCCGCCGUCGGGAGCAAGAUCUACACCUUCGGCGGCGAGGGCAACCCGGCCAACGGGACCGCCGGCGUCUUCUCCGAGACCGAGGCCUACGACGUGCGCGCCGACGCCUGGCAGCGCCUCGCGCCCAUGGAGGUGCCCCGGCACGGCUCCUGGGCCGUCUCCAUGCCCAACGGCGGCGUCUAUGUGCCCGGCGGCGGUAUUCGUCAGGGCGGCGCUGCAGUCGACACCUUCGACGUUUUCUGGCCGCCCAAGUGCUAGAGCCGUUGUUUCAAGUGAAGCAUGUGGAAAAACGGCAGGGGGCUGCUGCGCAACACGGCCGUGGCAUAUAACUGGAUAAGCUGGCCAGAGGUAUAAUUGAGGGAUAAUCUGGCAAAUUUUGAACAAAAUCCAAAAAAUACAACUGGAUGCCUGGUAACGCGGGUCCGCUCACACACAUGGGUACUCACACAAAAACAAACAACACCGAGAUCCCGCACGGCCUAUCCCACACGACCCAUCGUUCACGUAGCCACAUUAUCAUCAGCAGCGUCGGAUAACGGAGUAAAGCAAGCAAGGGGACUAUUAAUAGCAGGUGGUAGGUAGAUAAACUAGAAAGCAUAGCAAGACAUAAAAAGAGAGAAAGAGAGGUGAUACGGCCAAUGUAGAUGGAACGGAUAAUCAAGCCUAGUAACUUGUGGAAGUAAAGAUUUAACUCGUCAAAGUGGAUAGUUAAAUCAGAAGACAGUGAC